AUGUCAUCCUUCGAAGUACAGCCCUGCAUCGAGGCAGACAUUCCCUGCGUCUUCGAAAUCGUAUCUCUGGCCUUAGCCCACGACCAUGAGUACAUAGACGCCGUGUUUCCAGCACACGCUACCCUGAGCAGCCGUAAGAUAGGCGCCGAGCGCAUGCUGCAAAUGUUCCACAGAGACCCGAAUGGCCACUUCAUGAAAGUUGGUGGAGAAGUUCCUCCUCAGCCCGAGAUCGACGGCGAUUACUGGAGCAGUGGUGAGGAGAAGGAGUUUGCGCAGGCGCUGUUCCAUGCGUUCUUUGCUCCGAGACAGAAGGUGAUUGAGGAAACGAAUGGACGCUUGGUUGCACUGGAGAUGAUGAUGACUGACCCUGCUUAUCAGAACUUGGGUGCAGGUCAGUUGCUGGUAAGAUAG